GCUAACCUCAGCUAACUUGAUAGUGGCUUGGCGAUUUUUACUUUAAAGAGGCAAAACAAGCCGUAAUGCAGUUAGAUGUCCACCGUUUUACCAUUUUGGGCGUUAAAUCCUGGAUGUUUUUGCACUCUGGCCUCUUUUCGUGUGCCCUCCGCGGUGUUGAGCCGUCAUUUUAAGGACGGAGCAUGACGCAGGGUUUUCACGGAGAAGAAGCCGACACUGCAAAGGAGCCUUAAGUUUACAUUGGCUACUGUUGACAUAAGCAGCCUACAGUAGCGAGGACGGCAAAUCCGAGUCACAAGACUUCUCCACCGAGCUGGACGGCUGCCUUCGACCCUAACAGGUACGGUUUAACUAAAAUAAGCGUGUCAGCGUCGAAAUAUUAAAUCUACGCGGCGAUAAAGUCGACUAAAAAGCAGUAACGGUCGACCGGCUCGAGCUCAACGGUUGAAUUUUAUCACUUGGUUUGAAAAGGCGCUCGAGCUCGUGACAGGAGGAGUGUAACGGUUGUUUUGCUAAAGCUAAGCUAAUUAUCAGCCUUCCUCCGACCGCAGUUUGUUUUUCCACCGUGACGCGGUUGUUCUGCUGGUUUUCUUACUCUUGACAUGCAGCGAGUAGAAAAGCGGAAAUCAUUGCGAAAAACUUCCCCGUAAGUGGAGAUGCCGCGCUGUCAGUCCCUGCCUGCGAUGAACUGUGCGAUAUGAGCGGCGGUUUCUCAACAAGAGCCCACCGACGCACUCAGAGAAAGCCGCUUUAACUGCGCCGUGUAUUCGUUAAACAUGUUUAAGUUUUUGUCGAGCUUACUUCGGAAGUAUACGGGCAACAGCCGCAGAGGUAAAGGCUGUCUUCACCUUGUGUAAACCCCAGUGGUUGUCGCUGUGUGUUUAACUCUCUUCACCCCGUGGCCGUGUGCUUUAAACAGGGUUUCGCAGGAUGGAAACCGCCGGGUACCGCACAGGGAGCUUUGAGGCCCUCCAUCAUUCCAGCGACGAUGAUGAUGAUGACAUGGUGGACAUUGCAGGAGGCACUUUGGACUUCUCCAACUCGGACGACGUCCCCCCUCUCAGCUCAGGUACCAGAACAAGUCUUAGUUACUCCUUAAAGCUGCAUGGACACGUUUCUGGAAGGAUCUUGACAUGAGAAAGUGAACAAGGGUUGUACAAACCAAGAAAUAUUUCAAAUACAUGAACAAGAACUAUAUCUUAAAAUGGUCUCUGGGACUUUCUGGAAAUACUAAUGUGCUUACUAUGAUGAGGCAGCUGCUUAGGUGACUUGUGCAACCUUUAGCAGCAAGUUUACAACCCUGAAACCCAACAUAAAGCAACUUUUAUAAAACCAUUGUGUAACCAGUCCAGAGCAUUUGGAAGCCCUUAGAAGGAUAUUCCUGCGUAAAAUUAAAUUAGGGUCAAACAUAGCGUAACACCAAGUUAGCCACUUCGUUGAGAGAUGAAUGUUGCCGAUAGGGUCCUAGCCACCAAACAUCUUUUAACUUUGCCUAAUUUCUUUAGCAAAGAGACUAAACACAACUCACCUACUCUCUUCCAGCAGCCGCUUGUUUGUAGAGAGACCUUGGGCCAAUCCAUUAGUGACUGCAGCGGAGUUUCGCAGCUCAAGGAAGAACAUUUAUAAUCAUUUCUUCAUGGAAGUGCAAUCAGAUAUGUGGUGAUAUGGUGAAUUACUUCAAGGAAAUGAUAAAGAAAUGUUCAGAAACAUCAUAAAAUGUUCUUCCUUGAGCUGCGAAACUCCGCUGUAGUCCGUAAUGGAUUGGCCUGAGGUCUCGCUACAAAUAAGCGGUUGCUGGAAGAGAGUAGGUGAGUUGUGUUAAGUCUCUUUGCUAAAGAAAUAAGGCUAAGCUAAAAAAUGUUUGGUGGCUAGGACUGGGAGUUAUGGUGUGUUUGACCCUAAAUUAAUUUUACCGGAAUAUCCCUUUAAGUGACUUGUGCAACCCUUAGCAGCAAGUUUACAACUCUGAAACCCCACUAAAAGCACAAACAACUCUUAUAAACCAUUGUGUAAUAAGUCCAGAGCAUUUGGAAGUCCUUACAUGUUUUUGAGCCAAAGGUGUUUAUUUUCUUUGCCUUGUGCUACUCAAGCUUGGCCCCCAGAUAAUACUCGUAAACUGAUGUUGGUGAAACACCAAAAGUCACAACUAGUACUAUGACUACUUCUUUUUAUGCAGUGCAUGUGCAGUCGAUGCAAAGACGUGCUUUGCUUCACAAUUUGCACCCACAGGAAUAACCUGCUUUGGUUAAACCCCCAAUGCAAAACCAAAGCGGUGAGCUGUAACCACUUUGUAGAGGUUCAGAAUAUCACCACGGUUUAAUGUGGGUCGUUGACUAGAUUCACCAUAGCUCUGAGAUCAGACCUCUUUUACCUCCUGUUGUAGUAAACAGCGGUCCUGAGGUCGUUGUUGUUUCCUCUGCUGUUGUAAAAACAGUAACGUGGCCGGAUGACUGAGUUCAGAUGUCGAGCCUCAGUGCAGCAGACUCCCUGACUGUUCUGAAUUGUUGAAUUGUUCUCUGUUAUUAUUAUAAUAAGAGUGCGAGUUCGUCACAUGCUUCCAGUGAACCGCAGCCAUUCAUCGGAAUAAUAAGCGAUCACAUGCCCUCACAUGGAAACAAACUGUAUCAACAGCCGAGCACGAAAUCCAGCAUCACAGUGAUUUACAGCUCUGAUGGUGCGUUUGUGGCACCAUCAGUCAGUUCCUGUAAUCUGUCCUACCCGGUAACUGAUGAUGUCAUCCCCUCCAACCUUUAGCACGACAAACUCCUGAUUGUCGGAAAUGAUCUUUGCCUCGCUGAGAGAGAGAGAGGAUGUUUAUUAACCAUAAAGGAGGCCGUGUCUUUGUCAUGCUGAUGUGAUUGUAGCUCUCAGGGAUCCAGCAGAAACAUUCAGUGAAAAAUGGAACCAUCAGCAUGCUAACUAGAGAGCUCAUUUGCAUUUUUGGCUCCAGAAAAGAGCUUUUAAGCUUUUUUUUUUUUCAAAGCUGCAGCUCCUGGCGAGGUUCUCACUGAGUCAUCUGAAUUGAUUCAAAACUUUAGUGAUUCUCUUUAAGAUUUCUUUUACUUCGUUUCAAACUUUGAAGGAGUUCAGAUCUGGUCCAGAUUCCCCUCAAUAAAACAUGAUUUAAGGUUUAGUGUAGAGUCCUCCACACAGCAGUGAUGCUGCCUUAUCUCUUAAGUCAACAGAGUGAUUCAGACCUCAUCCUGACGCUGUCUGUUCCUCUCAACGUUUGAUCAGAACAUCGUGAACAUCAGAUAUUUCCAGACAAAGUCAAACUGUCACAACUAAGGAGAGCUCUCUGUACAUUCACACGAACUUAAAGCUUUUUAUUAUAUCCAGAGCAGAUAAGCGUUAUCAUAAUCUUCCCAGCGCAUAUGAAAUCACUCAUUAGUCACUGAAUGGUGCAAUUAAAAACGUGUCAGCUGAUGUUAGUUGGUAGUUACUGAUCGCAUUGUGACAUUGACAAAAAUCGGCAAUGGUACAGAUUAAAAAUGAAAUCUGAAUAAGAUUAAAUUAAUGAAUCAUUCAUAAUGAUGGUAGACUUUAGGUGGAAAGAAAGAACGACGCAAAUUCAGUAAAUUUCAUAUUUUUCAACGCUAAAUUACAAUUUCAACGAUAAAUAGACGAUAACUACUCCACAGGCGGUUUUUUUUUUCGAUCAUGGUCGAUUUUUCUAAAGUUUCGCAUUCUGUGUGUCCACUUCUAAGCAAUCAGAUUUCGUGUUGUUGUGACGUCAGAUUCACCGGUAUAUCCAACAUGGCCGACCGGCUAAUUGUUUACGUGUCGGAGAAGGGAGUGCUUUUUGAUAAAAGACACAAACAUAACGACCUGAAGGACAACAUAGCGUUGGAUUUCUCAUAUGACGAUGGUUUGUGUGCUUUAACGUCUUUGUUUUAACUUUCAUCUGUGCUAACGUAAGCUAACGGUUGUUACCAUAGUUUCAUGUGCUUAUCUUAACGCCUCUGAUAGGUUAUAAGUGCUGACCGUUUGGCUUGAGCGUGUAAUGACAUUUCCAGCUUUUCUUAGCCAAUCAGAGGCAAAGGAGGCAGGACUUUCCCCGGUAUGUGUCCCCCCCCCCCCCCUGAAAGUCGCAAAAUCGCAUCGGGCUUGAUGUGUAUAGUCAGGCAGGUCAAAAUUCACCUCUAAAUAUUUCGUAAUUUCACGUUCUAUAUUCACGUCGGCCUCGGUGUGUAAGGACCUUUAGACGUUAGGCGGUACAACAUUUACCACUUAUUUAAUUUCUCCAAAACAAAACAGAAAUGCGAAUUAAUAUGUUACGAGAGCUUUCGCUGUUACUCUUUACUGUUGAUGCACUGCGCUACCAUCUUGGAUUAUAAUGUUGUCGUCAAGUCGAAAAUCCGACUUCACAGAUGAAUUUCUGAUUCGGAGCUUGGAAAUUUUGACUUCCGAGUACAAGUUGAACCUACCAUUAGUAUUCAGCCAUUCAUUUUGGGUAAAUAGUUCGCUGUUCAGUGCAUGUAUUUGGAUGCAGUUCUGGAUAAACUGCACAUAUCAAGGAUAUUUGGAUGUGUCAUAGCUGGACUGAUUUCAAUAGAGAAGAAGAAAUAGAGAAAGUGUUUUUAAACUCAGUCUUAAUGUCCAGGUUUGAUUCUGUCUCCUCCAUGACGCUCUCAUAGACGGUAGUAUCGGCUGCCCGGUCACUGCUGAUGUCAUUGUGACGUCGCCUUCAAACUAACAGAAGGACCAGUGUUUGCCAACAGGAAGGAAGUCUGUAGACAAGACUUUGUCUCAGUGGGAGAAGCUUCUGUCGGGCUGAGCUCUGUGUGUGAUUUCCACUCUGUCAGCUCUUUGCACAGCCAAGAACUGCGGCCUUGUUUCAAACUGGCAACCGUGUGUUUUUAAAAUUACACGGCGGUUUUGUGAAAGAAAACCAUGAGGACUGUAGGAGGGAGUGAGUGUGUUGGUGUUGUGACUCGGUUGAAUUCGAAACAGGAGAAUCAAAAGAGUCUCAGACGUUUUUUUUAUUGUCUUUAAAGCUCUGGGGAAAUCUGGUGAUUUUCUUUUACCCUCUUCUGUCCCGAGUCGAUCAUUUACAAGUUUAAAAAAACCUCCUGUUGCCUAGAGAGCAAACUGUGUAAUGAGUUAACUUCAGGUCGAGUCCCAGACAGACUAAAGACCUCAUGUGACCCUGUCAGAUUAGCAUCACCUCAGUUUACUUUGUGUUUCCUGUCUUUUAAGCGUUUCAACUCAAACUUCCUCCCUUUCUUUUCCACUUGACGUUCAGCAAAUUGCUGUUUAUUCCCUCUACCCGCAUUAGCAUGCACUUGAGCUCGUUGCCAAGAGGUCUUUCCAAGCUGCUAUUAAUGCAAACAUAAACAUUCAACUGUUGCUCUGGGACUCAUUAACCUUCAGAGUUAAAGAGAGUUGUGAGAGGUUGUUUCCUCAGAUACUGUCCUGGGAUUCAUAUUAAAGCGCUGAACCUCUUAGUCAACAACUAAUGUGCAAGACAGGUGAUGAACGAAGCAGUUAUUCUGCACUUAUCCUGCCUGUUUUGGUGCAUUUGCAUCAAUAAGAGUAGUGGAUUAACUGUUGUAGACCUGUGUGUCUUUAAAAUCCCUGCAGACUAAGAAGUUUUGGAGACAGAUUAUUGAAAUGGCAACGUAUAUAUGAAUAAAUACAGGUAUAAAAUAAUUUUGAUAUAUCCUCAGUAGUGUCUUAUUUGAAAAAAAGGCAUUGGUCAGGCUCUAGUACUAUAGAUUUAUUUAAAAGCACUUUUCAAAACAAGUUUUAAAGUGCUUCACAAUUAAAAACAGUUGAAUAAAACAAAAAUAGAAAAUAAAGCAGAAAAAAAUAGAGAUCCACCGAUCUAUGUUUCUCCGAUCCAAUCCGAUACGAUACAUGGGAUGAGCAUAUCGGCCAAUAUCCGAUAUUGAUCCAAGACUACUGUUGAAUAAAUGAACUAGGGCCCAACUGAUAUGGGUUUUUUGGGGGGCUGAUGCCGAUUAUUGGGGGGGGGGGGGAUCCGAUUACCGAUUAAUCGGCCAUUUUUUUUUAUUUUUUGAAGUUAUAAAAAAUAUAUAUAUAUACCGUGGGCUACUGCUUUUCAUGCCGACAGGAAGACCGACUGAUCAAAAUCGGACCAAAAAAACGUUUUCAACGACUACCCCGCCCCUCCACGCGCUGAUCGGUAAAUCAAUCUACCAACAGACAAGGUUAAAAAAAAUUUUUUAGAAAGGAGAAGCGUAUGCACAGUGAAUGAAUGAGGACCCAAGAUAGACCCCUGAGGGACUCCACAAUAUUUGGCACAUAUUUGGUGUUUUUUGGCAGCUUCUCUCAGGGUGUGUUUUCACACCUGUAUUGUUUGGAGAUGUUCUCAAACAGGGAGCUGAGGGUGUUUCUCCUCUUGGCUCUCAGACCAUUUGAACUCUCUAUUUGUACUCUGAUUUAGAACAAAACAAGCAAAAGCAGAGAUUUUGUUUAUGUGAACACAGCUGAAUCGAUUUAAACGGACAAAAAGCAGUAAAAUAAAAUGUGUCCAGACUUGAAUGGACAGAUAAAUCCGUCUGGCACAUGCAGGGUUAAACGUUUAUCAAAAGAAACACUUCCUUUAGAUAAAACCCUCAGCUUUCUCUCCCUCUCCCUCCCUCUCUCUCUCUCUCAGUGAAGUAAACAUGCCGCUGCUUGUCUUUGCUCUCCUGCAUUUCAUGUUUUCAAGGAAUAAAGAGAGAAAGGAGCCCCUCAGGGAAGAAAUUCAGAGAAAGUGUCGCUCUUCAGACAUCACUCUGAUGUUUCAAAUGCUCAAGGAUAAAAGUAAAAAACAUGCAGAUUUCUGGAGAGUUUCUCACUUUCAUCUUCUCUUUUGGACUUUUAAGGAAUUUCUCACUGUUAUUAAACAGACUUCAGAUUUCUGAAGGCAAACAAGGUUGACAGGGACUUUUCUGAAAAAACAACUGAGCUGAAGUUAAGAUGAAGCACACCAGCUGCGUUUACAUAUCGAUCAGAAGAUUCUGAUCCAGAGAGAGGGGUGGUCAAUGCCGAUCGUUAUUCCAAAACUCGUCCAUGUAAACACUUAUUCCGAUCGUGACUCUCUGUUGGAGCAAAGCUAACCAGACUGUGCAUGUGUGCCCUAUGUCAACAUGACGCGCUUCUGACGUUUGUGACAAGACGUAAACAUGGUGGAAUCCAAGAGCGGAUACAGUUUCCUCAUGUAACCCAGGAUUAAUAUGUGCUGUUGGGCUCGCUUGAUGAUCAUGUACGCUAGGAGCAAUAGAACCAAUCUCGAGACCGGGCUCAGGUCCAUUCUGAGUAGGGUUGGGUAUUGAGUCUUGAGCAUCAGUGGGGACGGGGACUAACAUUUCGAUUCUCCUGGAAUCGUUCAAAUGUUAAAAUUUCGAUUCCAAGUUUCAGUGCCGGAGUCCGCCGACCGGAAGAUAGCUGCCAGACACCAACAAGGAAGACGCCGUUAAACACCAAUGAGGACGAAGCGUAGGAGACGAAGCCACAGAGAGAGAGAGUGCAUUGGAACCCACAGUGGUUGCGGUCAAAGUUUGGCUAACUUUAGCAGGAAGAAUGAACUCUUAUCUCAGUGCAACAUUAGCAACACGGUUAUAUCAUGCAAAGGAGGAUAAACGACCAACAUGAUUAAACACCUCAGGAUUCAUGGAGAGAAAUACCUGAGUGCUCGUCUUUGACUCGCUUUGCCGGUGUCAUGCCGUAGAAUGCACCUCCGACGGAAGUGCGGUUGAAAGUACUUAACACGGAAAUAAUCCAAGUUUUCCUUAACGUUGGACGGAUUCUAAAGCGUGUGCCGGAAUCGGAAAAUUGAAAUCGAGAAUCGAUCGGAAUCAAAACUGAGAAUCGGAAUCGGAACUGGAAUCGUUCAAAAUCAAACGAUACCCAACCCUAAUUCUGAGUGGAGGGAAAAAUCCUGAAUUGGAUGGAGUGAUCCGCUACCGCGUUUGUUAGUUUGUUGACACCACAGGCGUAAAUACACCUCUUCUUCUGCUGUAGUUUUAGCGAAAUUAGACAACUCCAAAUGCUUCUAAUCUGAUUAAAGCUUGGUGCAUCUAUACGUACAUCAUGAUUGGACUAUUCCAUUUUGCGCCCGUAUAAACAGUAGAUUCAGAUUUUCCAAUCCCUCAAAUUUUUAAUCAGAUCAAGAAAUUUUGCACAUGUAAACACGGCUACUGUUGUUUGUUCCCCCACAGCUUCUGAUUUCAUAACCUGCUUAUUUAACGUAUCUCCGUUUCACCGCCUGGUAUUUAUGGAGUCCAGAUUUAUUACCGUUGUUUUAUCACCCAUGUUGUAAAGACGAGGAGGGUCAUUGUCACCAAUAAGACUUUUACGGCUCAUUAUACUUCCAUCACCUCCUGUCAGCUGCUGCGGUCAGCAGUGGACUCCUUCACUCGGACCGUCAACAGGAUGGAAUAAAUGAUUGACAGGAAUGAGUCACAGCAGCUUUGGUUACAGCGUGUGAGUGUGGAGCUGAUUCUGCUCUUACACCACCGUGUUUACUUCAUAAGGUCACAUGUAGAAGAGGAGGAAAUAGAAAAGAAGAGAUUGAGGGGAAAGUGACGAUUUUUCAGCUGCACCUUUAGAAGUAAAAAUACUAAAGGCACAGGUACAUGCAGGCCUCAAUAAAGUCAACUUCAGCUUGUUUCCUGAGGUUGGCUCCGGUUCCUCCGACCAUUUCAAACUUCAGUGACAGGAAAUCCUGAUUCGGCAACAUUUCCAAAGAAGUCCUCCUCGUUCCUGUAACAUCUCAGGAACUAAACACUGUGUUCUUGUUUUAGUGACGUCUCUUGGACCGAAAAGCUAAACUGGAUUAUCUGCAGAGUCGGCCCCUCGUACCCUCUUUAUUGAAUUUCCUCUGACCCCCCCUGAAGAUUAUUUACGACCUGAAAAAUGACAGUCCAGGACUUAAACAGGCUCACAAGACGGGCGGUUGUUGCCAUCCAGCGUCACGGGGGUUACAUGAGACGCCAAUUCCCAUGGCAACCAGACAUCAAGAGUUCAUGGUUCAAACCCUCUCCGGAGACAGUGUGUGUGUGUGUGUUUUGGCAGACAGAGCUGUGGUCAUAUGAGGGAGGCGGCGGCGGCGUGUUGAGUUUUCCAGAGUUUUCUGUCAAGAAAUGAGUGUGUGGGAGCAUUUGUGUGUGUGUGUUUUGAUGCAGAGUAAUUGUGAGAUUAUAGUGCGCUCCGUCCGUCCCCUCAGGACCCACACGGAGCGAGUGCUGAGCUCAGCAGGACGUCUCCUCACUGGAAACCCGCUUUCGGGGAAUCUGCAUCGCUGACCCAUUUUUCUGAGAUGUAAUCUGAGAGCAGACCGCAGAGCUCUCUUUGAGAUCCAGCUCAGAUCCUCCUGAUCAGAGUCCUGAGUCAGAGACCUUCAUGAUCAUAUCAGUGACAGUCAUCCAGGGACGUCUUGUGAAGGAUAUCAGGAUUAAAGGGAUAUUCCGGCGUAAAAUUAAGUUAGGGUCAAACACCGUAACACUGAGUUAGACACCCCCUCCAGAGAUGAAUGUUGCAGACCGCUUGCUUCUCUAGUUAUACCAACUUUAGUAACGACCGCACGAUAGCAAUACAGAGAGCCACACGCUCAACCAAAACGCCACUCUAUAGCCACAAAUAAUGCUCAGAACAGCACCUAACUUCAUCAACAGGACAUAUAGGGUCACAGCCAUAGUACUAGACACCAAACAUCUUUUUAACUUUGACUCAUUUCUUUAGCAAAGAGACUAAACACAACUCACCUACUCUCUUCCAGCAGCCGCUUGUUUGUAGCGAGAACUUAGGCCAGUCCAUUAAGGACUGCUGGGGGGUUUCGCAGCUCAAGAAAGAACAUUUAUGAUCAUCAAAGUGUUUUACACAGAAAAAGGAAUAAAAGAAACAGAGAAUACCCAAAUCUACCUCAGCCCAAACCCUCAUUCCCACCCCACAAUCUAAAUCCAACAGAAACAGUAUUAAGAUGCAUGAACUUAAAAAGGGCUUGAUUUUGCAGAAACAGGAAUGUGCGCACUGAGGAAACGUCAUUUUAAAACUCAAGAUAAGGAAACACUGGAGGUUUAGGUUAAAAUCUAAAAACAAAGUUUCAUAGAAUGAAAUUUAAAUAAAUAAAAACAACAGUAAAAGAUACAAAAAUAAGAGCACCAAAAUAGCUGAAAAAGGCGAUCCCGUCAUUAAAACUAGAAAGGUAUAAAUGCUAAAACACUUGAAGUUAAUGAUUUAGAGUUAAGUUAAAAGCAAGACUAAUUUCCUUGAAGUAAUAAUCUCUCAAGGAAGAACAUAAUAAAUGUUCUUCCUUGAGCUGUGAAACUCCGCUGUAGUCUGUAAUGGACUGGCCUGAGGUCUCGCUACAAACAAGCGGCUGCUGGAAGAGAGUAGGUGAGUUGUGUUUAGUCUCUUUGCUAAAGAAAUUAGGCAAAGUUAAAAAGAUGUUUUGUGUCUAGUACUAUGUCUGUGACCCUAUAUGUCCUGUUGAUGAAGUUAGGUGCUGUUCUGAGCAUUAUUUGUGGCUAUAGAGUGGCGCUUUGGUUGAGGUUUAUUUAUGGCUCCUCAGACUGCUGUGUAUUGCUAUUAUGUGGUUGUUACUAAAGUUGGUAUAACUGGAGAAGCAAUUGGUCGGCAACAUUCAUCUCUUGACUAGGUGUCUACCUCGGUGCUUCAGUGUUUGACCCUAAAUUAAUUUUACGCCGGAAUAUCCCUUUAAGUCACCCUCCUGACAGGUCCUCUGAUGUCCUCUGACCCUCUGAUGGGUCUGCUCUUCUCAGGGCAUCUUGACGUGGUUAAGGUUCUCCCUCCCUGACCCUGACGUCCUCAUGUUGGUUUUCAAGUUCUCCUAUUUCCACAAGAAUGUGUUUUUUUAAUCUCUAUCUACUCUAGAUAUAGAGAAGUGUAGAUUCCAUGGAGGUUUAUCUCAGAUCUAUUGUGUUCGAGGAAGUGAAGCAACACCAUCUGAGGUCAUAGCGGGGUUAGGGCUGGUUGAAUUUUUUUAAAAGUUUUCCUCCUCGUCUGAUUUAUGUGAGUUUUGUUCAGUUUCAGAGUUUAUGUUUUUUUUUUUUUAUCUGAUUCAGUUUUAUUACCAGUCACAGUAAACAAACCAGACCCUCAUAAUCCACCGAAUUCAAAAGAUCAGGACCUUAUAAACACACAUGACUUCAUUUUGACGCAAUACCCUCCCCUCAGCAAAUCACAGCCCACCCUCCUCACACACACCAUCCACUCCUGACUCACUCCCAGAGUCCUCUGACCAAUAAGAGAGCGCCCUGCUGGAGUCCACUUCCUCGAGGAGCUCAGAGGAGGGAAGAGAUUUCCAGUUUGAGUUGUGACACAGACUCGGGGGUUCUCAGAAAUGAGACAUGAACUGGGAGUUCUGGACUAAGCAGCUGGACGAGGAGGUUCUGGUUGAGAAUGGUGAGUGCGGGACUCCCGGAGAGUCCAGAUUUGUUGUCUUUCUGUCUGAUAAAAACUGCUCUCUGCUCUCUGGAUUGGCUGACACAAAAAGAAGUUUUCUCUUCCACACCUUCGCUGCAGCUCCUCUGCGAGUGUCUGGGUUGAAAACAGGCUGAACGGGUCAAAUAUCGACGCAGCGUUUAAUCAUUAAGGCCAUUUACAACAUCAGGCUCUGGGUCAUGUGGUUUGUGUUUCUGCACUGCAGAGAAAUAGAUCUUUCUGGUGUGUGUGUGUGUGUGUGUGUGUGUGUGUGUGUGUGUCGACGAAUCCCAAACACUCUUAUCUGAACCAGGACCUGGAUUUCCUACUUCAUGCAUGUUUGAGGUCACAGAGUUUUGAGGUCCAGCUGAGGACACGCUCAGACUCUGGAAUCAUAUUUUUUAUCCUGAUUCGACUCUCUUCUGUCUGUCCUCGUGUUUAUGAGUCUGUAUAUUUCACACGAGGUUUAACCCUCGCUCCUGAUGUCCUGACUUUCUUGCCGCCCUCAUGACGGCGGUGCAAAGUUCAGCCACUUUUGCGUUUUAACGGGGCAAAUCCACUUUUACGAUCGCAGAGAAUUUAAAGAGACAGAUUGUUCUCUAAUGAGGGAGAUAGCAGCCGCUAAGAUUCAGUUAUAGGUCGACGCAGAGCUGAUACAUGCGCUGAUAACUGUCUGUGUCCUAUCUCAUAACUAUGUCAAUCAACGGGAGCAAGUUGUUUCAGCCACAGAGUGUACUUUCGGAACAUAGAGCUGUGCAUAUAGAUGCGCAGCUCCCCCAAAAGUGCACAAAACCAGGCUCCGUAAUGACAUUAAGUCUUAAAGUGAAAAAUAAAGUGUUGAUAUUGACGUUUGUGUUUUUGUUUUCUUCAAUUUUGAUAGAAGGCUCGCUCUGACUCAGCUGAGCGGGUGAAGGUUUCGCUAAGAUUCAGUUCUAGGUCGACGCAGAGCUGAUAUAUGUGCUGAUAACUGUCUGUGUCCUAUCUCAUAACUAUGUCAAUCAACGGGAGCAAGUUGUUUCAGCCACAGAGUGUACUUUCUGAACAUAGAGCUAUGCAUAUAGAUGCGCAGCUCCCCCAAAAGUGCACAAAAUCACACCAGGCUCCAUAAUAAUGACAUUAAGAGUCGAUAUUGACGUUUGUGUUGUUGUUGUUUUCUUCAAUUUUGUUAAAAGGCUCGCUUUAACUCGAUAUCUGAACAUAGAGCUAUGCAUAUAGAUGCGCAGCUCCCCCAAAAGUGCACAAAACCACACCAGGCUCCUUAAUAAUAACAUUAAGAGUCGAUAUUGACGUUUGUGUUGUUGUUGUUUUCUUCAAUUUUGUUAAAAGGCUCGAUCUAACCUCGGUGUGUAACUUGUGCAGCUUCAUCCCAGAGCAGGUGGAGGAUUCGCACCUGCAGUCAGACUAAAACAGGCAGAUCUGAGUCAAACAUGUCCGGAUAGUUUCAUUUAUAAUCCCUAAAAUAAUCAUGUUCAUGCAUCAGAUUUCAUUGACACCUUUCUGCAGCUUUCUCCACCUAGAGUCAGCUGACUCCUGUGGUCACACCUCUCAUCGUCUCUUAAAGGGUUGUGUAAGUUUUUAACGAAGGUGAUAAACAUGUUUGUGCUCACACCAGAUGCCAGCUGAACCCUCGCCAAUAAUCUUCUCAGAUAUUUACACGUUUCUGCGCAGAGAUUAAGGAAGUGGUUUGUCUUUUUUUGCGCUCUGACUUCCCGGUUUUGUCCUAGUUUAUUAAAAAAAUACUUCAAGAUGUUGAAAUAUCUUAUGUAAUAUCGGCUUGUUUUCAUUAGAAGAGGCUGCUCAUAUUAAAAAAAACAACAAGCUGUAUCAGGUUACAUGUGAGGGAUAAUCUUCGCUGGUGGAGCGAGGACAGAGGAGGGAAAGUGACUGUCACUCAAGAGGACAUUCUUCAAACCAGUCGGACCUGUCCGCUCAGAUGCUUCAAUCCUCCUUUUGUUUUAAAAGACACGAACAAACUCCUCCCAUUGUGUGUCUGUGCAGCUCAAAUAUCAAAGUAAGAAGAUGUCGUCGAUUUUCUCUCUUUGCAUCACUUUCUCGUUCUCUACAAACCUGACGGCACAUCAGUCAUCAAACACUGAAAAAAAACGAGCGCCCCUGAAAGCACCACAUUUGUCUUAGAUCAUCUAUUGUCACUUGAAUACAAACACAUUUUUACUCCAGCUGAGACGAAAUCAAAAGCACUUCCUGUUUCCGUCUGGAGCUCUCUCUCUCCGAUUGGCCGCCGCUGUCUGCUUAUUGUUGCAGAUUGCCGUCCAGACGAUGCCACGUCUUUUGUGCCUCCAACAGUGAUUAGUCCAGUAUUGUAAGGAGGGUAGUUCUCAGUAUUACAGUAUUCUCUGUAUUGUUCAUGCGCAGUAACAGCAAACUCAGCAGUAAUGGUGGGUUCUCUGCUGCGUGUGCUUUCUCAAGGAUGUGGUCGAUGUGUGCCCCAGACGUCCGUUUGAAGCCGCCGCGUUCGGACAUAUUGUGAAGAACUUCAAAAUAAUGAAAUCAAGAUUUAAUCAGGAGGAAGUUGACGCUCCAUUCUUGCACAACACAAAAAGGAUUUGAGUGAAAUCAGAAUAAAGUUUGUGAAAACGUAUUUGAUAGGGGUGGGAGAAAAAAUCGAUUCACAUGAGUAUCGGAACUUUUUUUACAAUCUUUAAAUCAAUUUUUUUUAAGAACCUUGUUUUUUUUUUUUUUCAAAUUAAAGAAUAAAGGUCCUUACACACCGACAACGAUGCAAAUAUAUGACACGAAAUUACGAAAUAUUCUGAGGUGAAUUUUGGCGCGCCUGACUAUACACAUCAAGCAACUUUCUGGGAGGAAAAAAGAAAAAAAAAAGUUAAUUAGCACUCGGGCCCGACUGGUAUGGAUUUUUGGGGCCGAUGCCUAUACCGAUUAUUAGGGGGGAGAAAAAUCAGAUUUCCAAUUAAUCGUCUGAUUUCUAAAAAUUUUUAGAUUUUCUAUUUUUAGUCGCAACUGCGGGUGAAACGGUCGCACUGUCGAGCCCUGGUAAAUAUAGUUCCUGGAAUAGUCUGUAGACAAUCAUAAUCGUUCAACUGUUUCACUGGUGUUAAAAAUGCAGACUAAAGAUCGAGAAAAUCGACAAUAUUGUAGAAUCACAAUUUAAAUCGAAUUGGCAUCCAAAAAAAUCGUAGAAGAAUCGGAAUCGUGAGAAGAGCAUAUCAAAACAGAGCCCUAGUAUUUGAUGGUUUAGCUCUGGUUUCCUUUCCUCUUCACUCUAAAUAAAGGUUUAGGUGAGAGCAGAGAACAGGAAGGAAGGAAGGAAGUGAGUGAGUGGACCACGAAGGUGAAAAUGAGCUCAGUAAGGUGGCACAGAGUAAUCCUUCACUCUGAUUCAGUUGUUUUCAUGAAACCAAAACUGUCAUUUGCAUUAAAAUGUGAUUUCACAGCGCUCUCUUCUUCUAACCGUGUGAACGUUCGACCUCCUCUGACCACAAAAAGCUGGAGUAACAUUCAAGUCACAAAACAAAGAUUUAAAAUAAACCAGGAGACUUUUUUUAAAACUUUGAAAACAAAAGAACAGAAAACUAAAAGUCUGCAGUGAGAGGCAAGAUGCCGGGAAUUGUUGGUAAAAGUUCUAUUCUGCUUCUCUUCUUUCUCUUUUUUAGGAGUUUAUGAGGAGUACGUCGCUCAACCAGCAGAUAUGAACGGUAGCAGUCCCACCAAACUCGUGGACCCCCUAGAGGACCCGCUGCCUGGACUGGGCACCUAUGAAGACUUCAACACCAUCGACUGGGUCAGGGAGAAGAGCAAGGACAGAGACCGGCACAGAGAGGUAGGAAAGAAAGAGUGUUUGUGUGUGUGUGUUAAAAACAUGAAGAAGAUCUAGAGCGGACCAUCUAACACCUCUGUGUUGAUCCAGAUCACCAACAAGAGCCGACAGUCCACUGUGGCUCUGCUGCACAGCGUCAGUGAUGCCUUCUCGGGGUGGCUCCUCAUGCUGCUGGUGGGACUCAUGUCAGGUACUGUAUUUAUGACUCCUCUAUGCGUGCGUAUAAGAACUUUAGCCAAUCAGAACCUGCCUUACUUCAUAAGUAAACAGAAGCUGAGAGUUAAACUUUUCUCAUGCAUGACCCCCGAACUUCCUCUUUGUCACUCAGGCGCUCUGGCCGGCGGCAUCGACAUCGCGGCCCACUGGCUGACGGACAUGAAGGACGGCGUCUGCCUCAUCGGCUUCUGGUUCAACCACGAGCACUGCUGCUGGACGUCCAACGAGACCACGUUCCAGGAGAGGGACCGCUGCCCUCAGUGGCAGAGUUGGGGCGAACUCAUCACAGGGACCCCGCAUGUAAGACCACGACCAAAACCGUCUGUUUGAAAAGAAAAGAUGGGAUACAAACGAGACUAAAUCUGUGAGAGAAAAGCCUGGCCCUUUGCUGCCAUCUGCUGGUCAAAAGAUGUCAUAACAAAUAAAACAAAAAGCUUCUGUAUUAGUUCAGUUUGAGUGAUCACCUCUCCUUAUUUCCCACGUUUCUGUCCUCAGGGCGCGUUUGCCUACAUCAUGAACUACAUGAUGUACAUCUUCUGGGCGCUGCUCUUCUCCUUCCUCGCCGUCACCUUGGUCAGAGCCUUCGCUCCGUACGCCUGCGGCUCAGGAAUACCAGAGGUAUGAAAACCAGACACUUUCUUCACAGACAGGAUGAUAAACAGGAUUCUUCGACCGCAUAUUAAUACGUUUCUGUUCUCGUUUACUUUACCCUGUUUUAUUUUUAUGUCUCGGAAUCGAAGCCACAAACAUCGCUGCGGGAGUAAACGCUUUAAAGAUGUCCGGGUCGCCUCAAACUCUGCAAAAAGCUCUUUUGUAUUUUGAUUAUCUUUGUUUGCCAUCUAUAAAUAUUUUGCAGAUCGCUCCAUCUGCUUGUCCUCUCCCCGUUGUCGAUUAGAUUUGGUGAAAUUUUAUCAACAUGGAGAAGAGAAACAGCCGACUUCUCCCUCCUACUCCUCCUCUUUGCUCUCCUACCGUCAGUGUUUACUCUCUUGUCUCGUCUUUCCCUCUUUGUUUCGGAGGAAAUCAGCAGAGCUCAAACACAUCUAGGCUGAUUCACCGCUUUCAUAUACACACAGUCAAACACAGACCAUCUCUAAUUUCUAAGAAGUCAAAUCCGAGAGGUCAGACGGUUUAUUUAGAAGAAAAUUAAACCCCAAACUUCUUCUUCUCCUUCUUAAGUGUUUCCUCUUUUCUCUCAGAUCAAAACCAUCCUGAGCGGGUUCAUCAUCCGAGGCUACCUGGGGAAGUGGACCCUCAUCAUCAAAACCAUCACCCUGGUCUUAGCCGUCUCCUCCGGGCUCAGCUUGGGGAAAGAGGGCCCCCUGGUGCACGUGGCCUGCUGCUGCGCCAACAUCCUGUGUCAUCUGUUCACCAAGUACCGAAAGAACGAGGCCAAGAGGAGAGAGGUGAGGACGGAGUGAGUUUUUGUUGGAAGAAUAAGUGUGAAUUUAGACCGCCUGGCUCUCAGCGUGUUCAUGUAAUCACUGAGUCUCUUUAGAGGAAACUGAGCUGAGCUUCAGAAGAGUCUGAACACACAUGUGGACUCUCCUCUCCACAUGCUGAUAGGAGACAGAGGCAGGCAGACAGUUCACACAUUUUUUACGAUCAGCAUUUACUCUAAUGUGAGCGAAGAAACACUUUAGACUUUCUCGUGUUUGUUGACGUGAGUGCAUGAACCAUCUUUCUGGUGAGUCCUCCUCUCUCCUCGAAAAAGAGAGGAGCUCUCUAUGCUUGCAGAGAUCUACGGUGGAUAUAAAAAGUCUACACACCCCUGUUCAACAGCCAGGUUUUAAACUAAUACUUGUUGCAGCACCUCAGUCUUUUUGGGUAGGAGUCUAUCAGCGUGGCACAUCUUGAUGUGGAAAUAUCUGCCCACUCUUCUUUGCAAAACCGCUCCAAAUCUGACCGAUUUAGAGGGCAUCUCCUAUGCACAACCCUCUUCAGAUCGCCCCACAGAUGUUCGAUGGGAUUCAGGUCUGGACUCUGGCUGGGCCGUUCCAAAGUCUCAAUCUUAUUCCGGGGAAGCUGUUCUCUUGUUGAUUUAGAUGUGUGCUUUGGGUCAUUGUCGUGCUGAAAGAUGAAGUUCCUCUUCAUCUUCAGCUUUCUAGCAGAAGGCUGAAGGUUUUGUGCCAACACUGACUGGUAUUUGGAACUGUUCAUAAUUCCCUCCACCCUGACUAAGGCACCAGUUCCAGCUGAAGCAUGAUGCUGCCACGACCAUGCUUCACUGUAGGUAUGGUGUUCUUUUGGUGAUGAGCAGUUGUUGAUUUUGCGCUAAAUAUACCUUUUGCAAUGAUGUCCAAAAAGUUCAGCUUUGGUUUCAUCAGACCAUAACACAUUUUCCCACAUGUGUUUGGGAGAUUUCAGAUGUCUUUUUGAAAAAUUAAGCCGGGCAUUGAUGUAAGAUAAGGCCUCUGUCUUGCCACCCUACCCCAUAGCCUAGACAUUUGAAGAUUUGUUGUCACAUGAUCUACACAGCCAGUACUUCCCAGAAAUUCCUGCAGCUCCUUCAGUUGGUAGCCUCCUGACCAGUUUUCUUCUUGUCUUAUCAUCAAUUUUGGACGGACGUCCUGUUCUUGGUCAUGUCCCCGUUGUGCCAUAUUUCCUCCACUUGAUGAUGACGGUCUUUACUGUGUUCCACGGUAUAUUUAACCUGACUGACAUCUUUGAAUAAUGAGAUCCCUCUGAUGCUUUGGAAGCUUUCUGCAGACCAUGGCUUGUCCUCGAAGAUGUGGCUUCAAAAAUGUCAGGAAAAGCUACAAGAACUUUAUUUGAGGUUAAUCAGAGGAACUUUGAUUGGCGACAGGUGUGUGCUGACUCUGAGUUUGAAUGUUAUUGGUUAAGUCUGAACACAGCCACAUCCCCACUUAUUAAAGGGUGUUCACACUUCUGCAACCACAUAAUCUUAGUCGUUAAUUUUUAUAUCACCUUCCCGAAAGAUUUCUGUUUGUUUUUCAAUUUUAUUGUAAAGGUUAUAGGUCAAAAUUAAAGGUAGAAGAAGUUGUGAAAUUAUUUAUCUUGAUUUGAUUUUUUAACAUGACGAAAACCUGGCAGUUGAACCGGGGUGUGUAGACUUUGUAUAUCCACUGAAGCUCUGUGAAUCCUGUCCUGAAUGAGCUCUUGUUCGUGUAAACAUUAAAACCUGAUGAAUGAAGUGGAUCCGUCACUAAACCCCCUGUGGUUUAUGCCGUAAGGAGGAAGGAGGGUGCAAAAGCAGGGAUCAGAAUCUGGGAUGCAAAUAUUGAUCAUGUUAUCCAAGGAUCUACUGUGAACAUGUAAACACACUCUGUGUUUUGAUCAAAGUAGAAAGUUUGAACUCUAUAACGCCGUUUUUUGGACUUUAACAGGAUAUUUUUCAGGACUCUGACAUCUGCUCGGAAAAUACUUCCAGUGUUUUUGAAAAUGAGAAAUUAAACCGGACAGGCUGUUGUGGCCUAAAGAGUCUUUGAGAAUCUCCUGCUGUCUGAUAUCUUUAGGAACAGAAGCUAAACCCUCAAUAUAUACGCUCUCAUGAUAUCUGCAGAAACAUCCAAACUCAAAGCAGAUGUUUGCUCCUCUCCUGGUCUGCAGGUGUUGUCGGCGGCAGCAGCGGUGGGCGUGUCCGUGGCCUUCGGCGCUCCUAUAGGAGGAGUCCUCUUCAGUCUGGAGGAGGUGAGGACGAGUAUUUAUGAGUUUAUUUUAUAACCUUUUAAUUCAGCACAGACUUCUUCAGCUAGAAUAGUUUCAUCGCAGCGAAGGAGGCGGAUUUUCCACAACACCACAAUCAGAAAUUUCAUCCUCACGAGAUAAUAAACCAAACGAGGCCGGAGUUUAAUUUCUUUCUUCCUCUUUGUUUGAUUUCUCUUGAAAUGAUGAAACUUUAUGCUGAGAACCGCCCCGCGCUGGCACUAAACCGAGACAUAAUAAACCGUGAAAGGAGUGUUUGCAUGUUUGGAAAUGAGUGUGUCUCAGCAGCUUUUGGAUUUAUCCCGGUCAGAUUGAGAUUCAAGUGUUGUUCGAGGGCAAAACUCGGAGAGCCAAGAAAUACCCACAACAGAGGUCUAAACAGACUUAAUCAUAGUUUCGCUCUAAAAUCAAGCUUCUGUGUACAGUUUGAUAUUUUCAGUCGUUUACACGUCCAUCCAUCCGUUUAUUUCUUCUUAUCGGGUCAUGGGGCAGCAUCUGAUCAAGUCCGCCUCUUCCCGGCAACACUUUCCAGCUCCUCCUCUGGGAUCUCAGGGUGUUCCCAGACCAGGUGGGAUGUGUUAUCCUUCCAGCUAACUCUGGGCUUACCCAAGGGUCUCCUCCCAGUUGGACGUGCCCAGAAGACCUCCAAAGGGAGGCGUCCAGGUGGAAUCCUUAUCGAAUGCCAAAAACCACCUCAGCAGAACCCUAACUUUAUCUCUAAGGCUGAGUCCAGACACCCUUUUGGAGGAAUGUGAUUUCUGCCUCUUGUAUCACCCGAAGCCCAUGACUGUCGGUGAGAUCGACUUGCAAAUCGAAAGCUUCGCCUUGCGACUCUGAUCCCAUUUUACCAUGACGGUGUGGUUCGAUACCCGCUCCAAUCUGUCGAUCAAUCUCAUGAUCCACUUGGCCCUCACUUGGAAAUAAGACUCCAAGAUACUUAAACUCUCUUAUUUCGGACAAAGACUUCCUGCCCACCUAGAGAGAACAGUCCACCGUGGCCAAAAACCGCCAUUUAAGGAAACUGAUCGGCAGUUCAAGACCACAGUUGACCAGUAGAGGGGGUGAUGCUGGUGUUGUUGAGCUGGUCACAGGAAGUCCAAACCUUAAAAGUACACAAACUCUGUCUUCUGAGCUCAGCUGCUGCACUGUUAGCUAGCAGGGACAUAAAAACUGACGGAACUAGACGGAGCUUCACGGUCGCACAGAAACUGCACAUUGCUGAACCUUUUUCCUCAUAAUUCAAAUACCUACAUCGUUUUUGAAGUAAAUUUGCUGACAGGUGUGUUUUUUCUUCCUCCAGGUGAGUUAUUACUUCCCUCUGAAGACUCUGUGGCGUUCCUUCUUCGCCGCUCUGGUCGCCGCCUUCACCCUGCGCUCCAUCAACCCCUUUGGGAACAGCCGCCUGGUGCUCUUCUACGUGGAGUUCCACGCCCCGUGGCACCUGGUGGAGCUGGCCCCCUUCAUCCUGCUGGGAAUAUUCGGCGGCCUCUGGGGGGCGCUGUUCAUCCGGGCCAACAUCGCCUGGUGCAGGAUACGUAAGUGUGAAACGGCGCAGAGAGACUGCUUGUUUUUUAAUCGAACCGCCUGUUCAUGUGUCUCUGUCUCCCUGAAGGUAAAUCCACUCGUCUGGGGCACUACCCCGUCAUCGAGGUGCUGGUGGUCGCCGCUCUGACCGCCCUGAUCGCCUACCCCAACAGCUACACCAGGAUGAGCGGAGCCGAGCUCAUCUCGGAGCUCUUCAACGACUGCUCGCUGCUGGACUCGUCUCAGCUCUGCGGCUACAAACAGGUCAGCGAGAGUAAACAAACCUGCUUCAUUCCUGAAAUAUGAAGCGUGACCAUCGGCUUUAGAAGGAUCUUCAGAUCUACUCUGAGACAGUUUUCCUUCCUUUUGGUCUGAUAAUCCCUUUUUAUUGCUUUUCCAUCCCUCUCUAUCCUCUUCAUGUUCAUUUUUCUCCUCCUCUUCACUCCCUGCAGCCGACCAACACAUCAGAAACAGGUGUGGGGAACAGCCUGGCCGACCGGCCGGCAGGAGAGGGUCUGUACACGGCUCUGUGGCAGCUCGCCCUGGCUUUAAUCUUCAAGAUGUUGAUCACCGUGAUCACCUUCGGCAUGAAGGUGGGUCCCGACAACACAAACAAAAACCAGCUUCAUCAUCAUCAUCAUCAUCACCGCUCUCAGACGCCACAUUCCCGGUUGCAUUCACUGAAUUCCCCCUGACCCACUUCUCAGUCCAGACUGAGUGUAAUUGAAGCUCUUGUUCAGACGCUGUCACAGCAGCAUGACUCACCAUCAUGUGGCUCAGUGGAGAUCCAAGUUAACGCGACCGCGAUCCAGAGAAGUGGAGAGUGUGUGACAGAAAUGUUGACAGGAACAGAGUCUGAUGGUGUGUGUGCAUCAUCGGAAGUCUGAGAUCGAUUAAAAUGAUGCAGAAAAUGAUAAAACAGGAACCAAUUUCAGGUUUUUGGAACACAUGUGUUGGUUAAAUAAGUUCGGAUAUGUUGGUACAGGGUCAUGUUUCCUGUUGUGUGUCUGUUUUAAUGCAUUGCAGCGAUUAGGAAGUCCCGUUUAGAUUAAAAAGCUUGAUCCUGUGUCCUCCAGGUCCCCUCUGGUCUCUUCAUCCCCAGCAUGGCAGUCGGGGCGAUCGCCGGCCGGCUGCUGGGCGUGGGCAUGGAGCAGCUGGCCUACUACAACCACGACGCCAUCAUCUUUAAAGGCUGGUGCUCCCCGGGACAGGACUGCAUCACCCCGGGUCUCUACGCCAUGGUGGGAGCCGCUGCGUGUUUAGGUGAGACCUGUAGAGGCCGCGUGUCUGCUGCUGCUGCUGAUGUUUUUGUGCCGCGAGCUUUUCUGAACACGUACAACGACUGGCACGCUAAAGAGUCCAGACUACGUGUCGAGCCUGACUUGGAAAUGCUUGAGAGCGCCUGGAGAGCAGCUGGAAGAGGGCGGAGGGAGGUGACGUCUCAGUAACCCCGCUUCAUUUGUCUAAAAUACAACCCAGACACAGAUAACUGCUGUGAAAUGAGUGGACUGAAGGGGAUUUCCUGCUGGUUUGGAGUCCCCAGGUUCAUUUUUUACCCACAUGAUUGAAAAGGAUCUCUUUCUGGUCGAGGAACUGAGUCAAGGUUUCCUUCAGAAACGAGGAAGAUUCAGGUUCUGGACUUGUAGCAGGAUAAAAACUCCACAGGUGUCGUCUCUCUGAGCAGACGGCCAUGACUCACUCUCUCUACCUCUCCAUCACCACGGCAACUACCUCCAAACUAGUACCCAUAAAAUUUCACAGAGGGUGAUCGCUCUUAAUGAGGCGUCAGUUUUUAAUCUUUCGUGCAGAGCUACAAGGCCUUAAAUCGCCAUUUUCCUCCGAGAAGACAAAAACAAAAACAAGUCAGAGAAAGAGAGAAAGAGACGUUUUUACCGAAACAGGGAAAACCCAGAAAAUCCCCUUUUCAUUUGACACAGUCUAUUUCAGUCAGUCAACUCUUUGUUGUCUAUUUUAAAGAAACCAGCAGACUCUGAUGGCGAUGCUCUAAAUGAUAUUAAAGAUAAAGGCGGUACUCUGAAAUAGAAAGUACUCUCUGGGAAGUCAGUCGGGUGUUUAUUUGUUUCUUUGUCACGCUCGUCAAACUGAUAAAGGGCUCAGACUCAGUCUUUCCCACAUUGACUGUAUCUGUUUGUCGCUAAAACUUUCACCUCCUGUCAACUCGCACUUCAUCAGUCGUCGCUCGAGGACAGAAAACCUUCAAGGACGCGUUCGGUUGUCGGAGCGGUCGAACGCCUCGUUCCUCCGGAGCUGUCGGGUUCGCAUAGAGCUCCCUUUGUUUCUGAGGUCUGCUGCUGUUUUAGCACAGUCUGUGCUUUAACACCCCACCCCCCCACCCCCCAUUCAACACAUGUGUGAUGCCCUCUAGCAGUUUGUUAAAUAUCCCAUGAUCUUCAUUUAGAUUUGUUUGUCUGAGAGGCUUUAAAACAGCACACACACACACACGCCUUUACUCCCUUUACUUCCCCUUCAUUCUGUAAAGUUAAAGCCAAUCUGUUGACUUUAUUUAACUCAUUCAGUUCCAGGUUCAUUUAUGCAGUUUUAACCCAGCGCCAUCAUUGACCAUAAUAGAAAUUUCCAUAUCUUUCAGGACCCACAGAAUAUCUCGUGCUUGGACUAGAAGUUCUUUUCUUUUCUCAAAAGAAAGGGGUGAUUCUCUCCUUUCACCAGAAAAAUAAGUUGGUCUCUAACCCACUCCUGUGUUUAGUUAUUCCCUGUUCAAUGCAGCGCGGUCAUAUCAUCUUUGCCGAUCAAGGAAAGGAGCAACUUUCAAGCGGAACUCUGAUCCUCUAUUUCAUUUCACUUCAAACUACUUUACCGGUGGCAUCAAGGUCCUCCCUCUUUGGACAACACAAAGAUUCGAUUGUGAUAGAUCUUGUAUCACCCCAAGUGAUACUUGUCAUAUUGGCUCUCAAGAACCCUGACGCCACGACGUAAACCAUGCAGAAUGUUUGCGUUCUCCUCGCUGAAUUCCGGCUCAGUCUCGCUCACCAUUACCGGCACCGGCAACACGACGACACGCCGGAAAAUUGUUUUUUUGAUCGCCUGCUGACGAUGUGAAGAGAUGAUAGCACUGCGCCCACGGGAGCCGAUGCGCUGAGACCGUUUGCUCUUGGCUAAUGACUUUGGCAUUUUCCUAUUUUGCUCAUAGAGAAAAAACACUCCACAAGUAGGCUAAUUGGCACACUUGGUGGCACACUUCUCACUGGCAAGUACUUGUUUUUGUUAUUGUAACAUGGUUAUGACGUAUUUGUCGACUUUUCUGCGUUCAGAGCGACCCCAAACUUAGUCGCAUCUUAGGGCGAAGCGCCCUCUGAUGGAAAACAAAAAAACUCCAAAAUCCGUCAAUGGCACUGAAUGAGUUAAAAGGCUCUGUGGAUGAUAUCUCCAUUUUUCACAUGCUUGUCAGGCCUUAAAAAUACCACCAGCACCCAGCCAGAAAACUCGAUUCCAUCGUGAUUGAAUUAGGUCUGGUGCAUGUUUAUCGUAGGAGCAUCAAUUCUGAAUCCUGGCAGAAAUAGAAAGACUAAAACUAACAGGCUCUGAUUCACAUUUGCAGCUUCUUCUGCUGUCAGUGCUCCGCAUAUAAGAGGCUGUUCAGAAGAUGUUGCUCAAUACCUAAUGAGGGAUCUGCUUUCUCCCGCUAAAGACAUGUGAAUGUAAUGAGUCUCUUUUCUCAGCAAGACAAUGUUCGACACGAGGAAACAAUCCCGGCGGUGUUAAAUCACCCUGUUUUUUUUCUGUCAGUGGUUUCAAAAGCGCGGGCCGGGCGCUGGUGGUUAAAAGCAGCAGGAGGCCCCCCGAAAAGAGGGCCGCGGUAUCGUGUUCAGUGUCGAGGGAUGAUCGUAAACAGACCGGAGCAGAAAAUGAAGAGCUCAAACUCAACGGAGAAAAGUCUGAAUCGGUCGAUCCUGCUCUAAAUCUGACAGGAGUCGUCCUUUACAGCCUGAUGCAACUUUAUUACCAUGUUGAGUCUGAAUCCUUGCAACUGUUUCAUGGAGAACGACACAUGGAACUUCAGCCGUUGCCUUGGAAGUAUAAACAUAUCCUCUUUCUGUCUCUGCUCAGGUGGAGUAACUCGUAUGACGGUAUCCCUGGUCGUCAUCAUGUUCGAGCUGACGGGCGGUCUGGAGUACAUCGUCCCCCUCAUGGCUGCGACCAUGACCAGCAAAUGGGUGGCAGAUGCUUUCGGCAGAGAGGGGAUCUACGAGGUGAGUCGCCCGUGCGUGUGCGAUGUUUCGUACGUGUUUGAUGGAGGAGGUCAGGGUUCUGAGUGUACGACUUGCGCUCUUGCAGGCUCACAUCAGGCUGAAUGGAUACCCCUUCCUGGAGCCCAAAGAGGAGUUCGAGCACAGCAGCCUCGCCGUGGACGUGAUGAGGCCCAGGAGGUCGGAUCCGGCGCUGGCAGUGCUCACGCAGGAGGGAAUGACCGUGGGCGAGGUGGAGGUACAAACAUUUAUGUAUAUUUUACGACAUUUUCACGACUUAGAUAGCGUAUUUCUACGUCUCCAGAGGAUUUCUUUCAUUGUGGGCACUGUUUCCUUUUUUAUGAAACAUUAUACUUUGAUAUUUUUUCUCUAGACGUUGGUGGAGGGCACUCGCUACAGCGGCUUCCCUGUGGUCGUCUCCAAAGAGUCCCAGAGGCUGGUGGGAUUCGUGCUCAGGAGAGAUCUUCUCAUAUCAAUAGGUCAGAAGAAUCUGCUCGUAAAAGGUUUCAGAUUUCGAUAAUUUCAGGUCAUUGAAAGUCUAAAAUAAUGUCCUGCUCCUCACAGACAACGCCCGAAAGCGCCAGGAGGGCGUCGUCAGCGCUUCCCAGCUUCUCUUCACCGAGCACACUCCGCCACAGCCCGCAGACGGUCCACCUCCACUCCGCCUCCGAGGCAUCGUGGACCUGAGCCCCUUCACCGUCACCGACCACACGCCCAUGGACAUAACUGUGGACAUUUUCAGGAAGCUGGGGCUCCGCCAGUGUCUGGUCACACAUAACGGGUAAGAGGAACUUUAAUCCGAUUUAAUCCCGAGAGGAAAAACAGAGGAUGAGACUCCCUCGCCGUUUGACGCUAAUGUGAAAUACUGCGGAUAGCUCGGGGUCAGAUCAGGCGUUAAAGAAAAAGCGAGGAAGUCCGAGGAGUUAAAGAUGAGGAGAAGAGACCAUGUAUCUCGUAUCGGGUUUCAGCUUUUUACCACAAAGACGAAGAAGAAACGAUCCCGCUUUUUUUUAGUUUUUUAAUACGACGUCUUGUAAAUUCUUCGGAGCCACAUGUGCCUCUUCAAAGCCCUGAUCAAAGCGCAAUUUAUGAAGCGUCUGAGAAGCCGAGCUGAGUUUGAGCCUGUGUGUGUGUCCUGAUAAUUUAUGCUUUUGUUCUCUCUCCUCGUCCUCACUGUCAGGGGCUGUUAAAGGAGCGAGAGAGUACAGAAGGAAAACAGGAUUUAAAGAGCGAUUGAGUUGCUCUAAUGUAGACAGUUUUACACCGUGUAGAUUUCCCCACAUGGUUUUAUUUCACUUUGUCGGUCAAAUUAAAUGCACAGCCGAGAGUUUCGAUGUCUUUGUCAAACCAACAGUGCAAACCGUUAACAUAUGACGAGAGAGGAACCAAACACGAUCGUUUUAGUGUGUCAGAUUUAUUUUAGACUUCACAGCAAAUCCGUGAUUAAAGACGCUUCAAAUCAUGUUUUAUUUCAUCUGCAGGAUCCUGAAAAAAAACGGUGAAACAUCUUCCAGAUUCGAUCGGGAAUUUUUCCGACAUGUGAUCUCGUUUUUAGGUGAAGACAAAGAGCCGAUCGCAGUUCACACAGAGAACGAUUAAAAACAAAACGAGAAGUUCGACCAACAAAAACAUGAAAAUAUGAAACGAAUUAGAAUAAAAGUUCGAGGAGGAAGGAGAGGGAGAUCAGGGAAAAACGAGGAACAGGAGGAAGCAGAGUCGUUUUUUUCUUCUCUUGAAAUCAAAAUCAUCUCCUGAAAAUGUCCGAUUUUCUCCUUUCUUUCCAGUUGUUUAUCUUAAUCACUCUUUCUUUCUUUUUAUGCUUGUCCGCUCGAUUUCAGUCGUUUUACUGCAUCAUGGGAAACAAAGGGCUUACACUUGUUUGUUGCGUAAACACAUCCAGGAUUUAGAGCUUUGGUUUUUUGGUUCGAGAUGUUGCCCAAAGCUGUUUCCGUCUCGACUUUUUAUUAAAUAUCACCGAAACUUCCCCGUUCAGUUCAGCUCCGCUCGGUUCCCCCUCCUCGCCGUCAUCCGUCACACUCAGUGACGACAGAGGAACGAUGUUGAUGUGGAGAGGUACCUCCGCUCGGCGCAGACAGCAGAUACUCCCCGUGAGACUAAACCUAAACCGGGUGUUUCAGAUCUGUUUAGAUGGAAAUCUGACGGGUUCAAACACGCGGCUCUCAGGGACCCAGGAGGAGGAUUAUGUAUAUUUUUAUGAAUACAGAAAUAGAGAGUGGUACCGCCGCUGUCAAACACCGACUCUGGACCGACCGCACACGGAUGAAACGAUAUCGCUUUUGGGUUUUCUUUGUCACUUUCUGGUCCGGAGUCACUCUUUGAGCGUUUUCCAGCAGGAAUGAAACUCGCAGUUAGAGUAGACGAAGGGUUAUGAGUUUGGAAAGGAAGAAAAGAGGGAGAAACAAGAGUGGACGAAUCAAGAAAAAAACUGAGAUGUCCAUUUUUUUAUUUUUUGAAAUGGGGAAAUAUGACUUUAUGGGAUGGCAACAGUGGAGGAGGCUGCUGGAGUGUUUGGAUGGGAAGUGAAGGGUUUUAGAAAAGAAUGACACCAGUCUGAGAUCAUGGAGCUGGAAAUCAGAGGAGAUCAGGGAGAGGAGGUGAAAGAAGAGGAGAUCAGGGAGAAGAGGGAGGGGAGGAGAAGGAGGAGAGCAGAGAGAGGAGGAGGAGAGAGAAGAGGAGAGCAAAAAGAGGAGCAGGAGACCAGGGAGAGGAAGAGAAAGAAGAGGAGAGUAGGGAGAGGAGGAGAAAGAAGAGGAGAUCAGGGAGAGGAGGGAGGGGAGGAGAAAGAGGAGAGAGGAGGAGGAGGAGAGGAGAGAAAGGAGGAGAGGAGAGCAGGGAAAAGAAGAGAAAUGAGAGGAGAGCAGGGAGAAGAGGAGAGGAGGAGAUCAGGGAAAGGAGGGAGGGGAGGAGAAGGAGGAGAGCAGACACAAGAGGAGGAGGAGAGAAGAGGAGAGAAAGGAGGAGAGUAGAGAGAGGAGCAGGAGAGCAGGGAGAGGAGGAGAAAGAAGAGGAGAGCAGGGAGAAGAGGAGAAAGAUGAGGAUGAGGAGGAGAAGAGAGGAGAGAGAGGAGGAGGAGAAGGAAAUAGGAGAGGAGAGAGGAGAAGGAGAGAGGAAAGAGAGGAGGAGGAGGAGGAGAAGUAAAUAGGAGAGGAGGAGGAGAGAGAAGAGAAGAAGGAGGAGAGGAGGGAGAGUAGUAGGAGAGAGGAGAGGAGGAGAAGAAAGGAGAGGAGGGAGAGUACUAGAAGAGAUGAGAUGAGGAGGAGGAGGGAGAGGAGAGAAGAGCAGGGAGAGGAGGAGGAGAGAGGAAUAAAGGAGGAGAGGAGGAAAAAUAGAGGGGGGAGAGUAGUAGGAAAGAGGAGAUGAGGAGGGACAGGAGAGCAGGGAGAGGAGGAGAGAGGAGAGCAGGGAGAGGGGGAAAAGGAGAGGGGGGAGAGUAGUAGGAGAGAGGAGAGCAGGGAGAUGAGGAGAAGAAGGAGGAGAGGAGUGACAGGAGGAGUAGAAGGCAGGUGUGUGUUUUUGUGAGUGUCUGAAAAGCAGAGGGACGAGAGAGAGGCCGUUUAGUCUCACAUGUGUUCAGUUUUCUUAAAGGUCAAAUUUUCAGAUGAAAUUCUUCAUCUGUUGAGUUUUACGGUGAAAUGGGCUGAAAUUUUAGGGGAAGAAUAAAGAACAUAAGAUCACAGCCCUCAGGAGUGUCCUUAGGAGUGCCCUAAGAUGUCUCCACAUAUGUCUCCUCAGAAGUCUUCUUAGAAGUCUCCUCAGAAGUGUCCUCGUGUUGACCCUCUGGUUGUUUACUCCUCGGAUGUGAAGCUGCUUCUCCUUAGAACAUCAGAACUGAAAUGACUAAUCUGAUCUUCACUAAAUGCCUCGUCCGUGGGCACGUUAGUUAGUCAGCGCACAUGUCCGUUAAAUGGCUGCUGACAGGACCAGUGACUUCUCCGAGGACCUGCGUGUGUUCGCCUCACAUGGACCGCUCAUCGGCCAGAAUCCAAAGGCGAGAUCCAGCCUGAGUGGAUCCAUGUGUGGCAUGUGAAGGCAGCAGAUUUUUGAGGAAUCACACAUCGUCUCUGAGGACAAACAGGAUUAAGAGAGGACGGAGAGCUGAUUCACUCUUGGUCCGGGAAUCCAGAUUGACACAGAGUCAGGAGAAAGACCUCGAGGCCAUGUGUGCUGCUGUAUCACUUUUUGGUCGUCUUGAGAGAUGAGAAAUGUGAUUUUUUUUCCGUCUGACUCACACCCACCUCGCUGAAGAUUAGGAAGUAUCUGUUUCAAGGUUGGCUUUAGCUUCUUAUCAGAGGACGAUGACAGAAACACAAAAACAUCCUCUCAACCCGAAAAUCUCUUCAAAAUGUGGCGAAUUUUUGUGGUUUGAUGUUCUUACUCAGUGUAUCUGUUGUCUCGUACCCGAGUGGUCAAACUUCAAUUAUUGGGCUGAGAGGAAUGAGUGAAUCAGGCCAGUCCGAUAAACAGCUUUCUAUUAACACCAGAUGAGUUCAACCCAGACAUCUGGGCCUCUCAUGAGGCCUGCAGUCAAACCGAACCCUCGAUUUAAAGCUGUUUUCUUUCAUUUUUAAUCAGUUUUGAACAACUUUUUAUCGUCAAAUAAAACAUGAUCCCAGUUCGAGCGUCUUUAUUUGUUGUUGUUCUUUUUUCAAUCACAUGUGCACCAGAAAGGAUUAGGGCCACAAGAAGAGAAAAAAGUCUUAACAGGAGGGAGAUCUUUUUGAUUUCCACUUUCCAAUUUUAACUUUAUUUAUGUCCUUUUUAUCUCCAAAUUUUAACAUUAUUCACGACAUUUCAACAUUUUUAAUCUCCAAAUUUCAACUUUAAUCUUAAAAUUUCCACUUUUUUGACAUAAUCUCAAUUUUUUUAUAUCAAAGUUUUGACUUUAUUGACAUAAUUUUGAUUUUUGUAAUCAAAAUUUAAAUUUUUAUUCUCAAAAUUUCAACAUGAUUCAAAACAUUUAAACAUUUUAAAUCUUAAAAUUUCAACUUUGACAUAAUUUCUAUUUUUAAUCUUGAAAUUUCAACUUAAUUGAAAUUAUUACUAUUUUAAUGUCGAAAUUUUUCGACUUUUUUUAAAAAAAUUUUUGAUUUUUUUAAUGUCAAAAUUUAGAUUUUUUUAUCUCAAAAUUUCACCAUUAUUCACGACAUUUCAACAUUUUUUAUUUUAAAAUUUCAACUUUAUUGACAUAAUUUCUGUUUUUUUUUAAACUCCAUUGACAUGAUUUCGAUUUUUUUAUUGCGAAAUCUCGAAUUUAACCUAGAAAUUUUAAGUUUUUUAUCCCUAAAUUUUCACUUCGACAUAACUUCAAUUUUUUUAAUGUCACAACUUUGAUUCCUAUUCUCAAAUUUUCAGUUUCACUGACAUAAUUUGAAUUUUUUUGACCUCGAAAUUUUGGCUUUAAUCUUAAAAUUCUGAUUUUAAUCUCUUAUUCUUUUUUCUCUUUAUGUGGCCCUCAUCCUUUUUUGUACAUAUUAGCUCUAAAUGAAUUGCCAACAAUCAAAUUCUGUGUUACAGUAACUUUUAUUGGGAAUGAGGCCGUGAGAAAACUUUAUUUCUUUAUUUUUUUGGGCGUAAACUUUAAAAAUAAGAAACAAAAGUGUCCGUCACGGUGCUUUUGUGUGCCUGAGAUGCCAGCAGAUACAUUAGAUUUUAAAUUAUCGUCCUUCUCUAUAGUGUGAUUCUCCGAUCGGCUCUGAUGGCGCAAUAAAACAUCACUUUUAUUAGCGACAGUAGCAGCAUUAUGAGGCGCAUGUCGAGGAUGUGUAUUCUCUUUAUCCUCAUAAAGCUGCAGCGCUGCUAAAACGCACCAGCGUAAAACUGUUUCCUCCUGAAACUCCCCAUCUGUUUCCACGCUCAUUUGAAUAACUCAUCACAUCUCUUGUCUUUCAUUAAAACUCGACUCUUUCCUGACUUUGUUUUCACUCACUCAGAGUGUGGGCUGUGAUCAGUUUUCGUCACUUUACUCUCUGUUUACGGUGUGUCCGUGUUCCUUUUAUCUCCCGCUGCGAGCAGAGACGGUAAUAAAGCUGUCAAGAGCAGAUCUGGUCUGGCCUCUUCUUUCUCUCGCUCUCCUCUCCGUCGCUGUUUCCACUUUUCGUGAUGAAGCAAUAAAAGAUUGAGUCGCACUAACUCCUUCGUCUCUGUCUGUGUUUAGGAGGCUGCUGGGAAUCAUCACUAAGAAAGACAUCCUCAAACACAUGGCUCAGAUCGCCAACAGAGACCCCGACUCCAUCCUCUUCAACUGAGCUCCUCCAUCCUUCCUCCUCUUUCUCCUCUCUUCUUCUUCCAUCUCUCCUCUGCAGAGCAGGGGGGAGGACCAGACGACACCAGCUCGAGCGAAACGCACCUUUUACCUCGUCGGCUUUAAGAAGGCAGGUCAGAGAGAGAGCGCCAAGUAAGUCCAGCGGUUUGCACAGGCCACCAGAGAACAAUGGAGCUUUCUUUUUUUCUUUUUUUUUUCUGCUUUCUGGAAGAAAAACACUCUCAGAAACAAUGACUCAUCGAACCGACGCUGCUGGCCCUGAUUUCAACUUCAAUCCAGAAGGAUGUAGGACAGAUACCCCGAGAAGAGUUCGUGGAUUAUUUCACAACUGCUCCUUUUUUUUUUCCCCCCUUUUUGCUUCAAAAAGCAUCAAAAAUUUAUUUUCUGCUUUAAGAGAAAAACACGGAGGAGGAGCGGAGGGCGGAUGAUCUUCCGUCACAGACACUGAGUGAUAUCAGGUGGGAUGAAGAGACGGUUUUUCGAGGAGCGGAGGGUUUUUCUGCCCUCCGGCCCUCCAGGCGAGCCCAGACAGAGCGCUCCUCUCCGGGCUGAUGGAUGCUCAGCCACCCUCCCCCCUUUUUCUCCCUCCUCUGAGAGCUUUCCUGAAGCCUCGGGGGUGAGGGAUACAGGAGUGUGAGAAGAGGCUCUGAAACACACACUUUACACUCCAUAAAGACUCGAUGACAGCCUGGGAACUCUCCAGAAAUGUCUCCUUCAUUUUUUUUUUGUCAUUUUUUGUACCACGGCGUGAGACUCCAGCCUGGGAACUAUGCAGUAUUUCUUCGCCGUCUCCGAUCGGCGAUUCCGAGGGUCGAAUUCUCAUGAAAAAAGAAAUCACACAAACACAAAGAUGAUGCUGCAAUAACCAUGUCAUGCCUUACGGAGGACGUUUGGGCUGCAAAAACCAAGAAUCAUGACACAUGAGUUAAUUUAUGUACAUGUUAAAUUUGUUUGUCCCACUAAAUUAUUUCACAGACUUGAACGUGUGUGUGUGUGUGUCGUGUCCGUUAUUUCUCUCAUUUCUUCUGAUCCGUCACAGCAGGAGUAAGAUUUUCGAUUUCUACAAUCCUCGUCAGAAUCAGCUCUGGAAACUCCGACUUGGUAGGAAUGUGGCGCUCAUGAAGUUUUUCAGACUUUACAUCCAGUUCCUCUCUAAUCCUCCGACGUGAGCGGAACAAUAUUAUUCAGCGUUAUUCUUAUCUCUUUAAAGCUCGUCUGGAUCUCACGCUGACUCGACCAGGAGGCUGUCAAAGCCGGAGACUCGUAAGGUUCAGGUUUGUGGUUCCUCAUCCUGUUUGCUUUAUUUAUCUCCACACCGGGAGAUUUCUCCGCACGGCGAGUUAUGCAGAAAUUUGAGGACGCGAGGACACGCCUUUAGGGGGAAACCACUGAGCGCCCUGGUUUAGAGUUUGUGUAAGUUCUUGGCUUGUUUGUUUUGGUGUGUGGGCACUUUUUAAAGUUAAUAUUUGGAGACAUGUUGUUUUUAACGGGUCGGAUUAGAGCUGGAGUGAAAAUCUUGAUGCUUUCAAACUUACUUCAUCCUGAUUUUGUUUCGUUUGUUAGUCUGUUAUAAAAAUCGACAUACGUUUCUGAUCUUUGUCAGGACUGUUUUUCAGGUUCGUCUUUUCUGCGGCUGAACUCCAGGUCCAAGAUGCUGCUACGUCCAAUCAGAGAGCGGUAUUUGAGACAGGGGCGUGUCUAUCAGACAAAAGACGUCAAAGGCAGCUCUCGUGGAUCCUCCGUUUUCACUCACCCAACUUCCCUCCUCUCACCUGAACUUCUGAGCUACACCGACACCAUAUUCACACUUUUUAGAUGCUUAUAAAUCCAUCAGAACGCCACCAAACUUAAGGUGACCAGACAUCACCGAUUUCCAGGGACAGUCCCCGUAUUGGAUGACCUGUCCUAAAGCUGUCCUUGAAAAUGUCCCCAAUUUAAGCGAGA